AUGCUCACUCGAGUGAAAUCUGCCGUGGCCAAUUUCAUGGGCGGCAUCAUGGCUGGCAGCUCAGGCUCCGAGCACGGCAGCGGCGGCUGCGGAGGCUCGGACCUGCCCCUGCGCUUCCCCUACGGGCGACCCGAGUUCCUGGGGCUGUCUCAGGACGAGGUGGAGUGCAGCGCCGACCACAUCGCCCGCCCUAUCCUCAUCCUCAAGGAGACCCGGCGGCUGCCCUGGGCCACUGGCUACGCAGAGGUCAUCAAUGCUGGGAAGAGCACACAUAACGAAGACCAAGCCAGCUGUGAGGUGCUCACUGUGAAGAAGAAAGCAGGGGCCAUCACCUCCACCCCAAACAGGAACUCAGCUAAGAGGCGGUCCUCGCUUCCCAACGGGGAGGGGCUGCAGCUAAAGGAGAACUCGGAAUCGGAGGGCGUUUCCUGCCACUACUGGUCGCUGUUUGACGGCCACGCGGGGUCGGGGGCGGCCGUGGUGGCGUCCCGCCUGCUGCAGCAGCACGUCGCGGAGCAGCUGCAGGACAUCGUGGAGAUCCUGAAGAACUCGGCCGUGCUGCCGCCCGCCUGCCUGGGCGACGAGCCGGACCACGCGGCCUCCAGCAGCCGGACUCUGACCCGCGCGGCCUCGCUCCGCGGAGGGGUGGGCGCCCCGGGCUCCCCCAGCACGCCGCCCACGCGCUUCUUCACCGAGAAGAAGAUCCCGCACGAGUGCCUGGUGAUCGGGGCCCUGGAAAGUGCAUUCAAGGAGAUGGACCUCCAAAUUGAACGAGAGAGGAGUUUGUACAAUAUAUCUGGCGGCUGCACCGCCCUCAUCGUGGUCUGCCUUCUGGGGAAGCUGUACGUGGCCAACGCUGGGGACAGCAGGGCCAUAAUCAUCAGAAACGGAGAAAUCAUCCCCAUGUCUUCAGAGUUCACCCCUGAGACCGAGCGCCAGCGGCUGCAGUACCUGGCAUUCAUGCAGCCUCACUUGCUGGGAAAUGAGUUCACACAUUUGGAGUUUCCAAGGAGAGUACAAAGGAAGGAGCUUGGAAAGAAGAUGCUCUACAGGGAUUUUAAUAUGACAGGCUGGGCAUACAAAACCAUUGAGGAUGAUGACUUGAAGUUUCCCCUUAUAUAUGGAGAAGGCAAGAAGGCCCGUGUGAUGGCGACCAUUGGAGUGACCAGGGGACUCGGGGACCACGACCUGAAGGUGCACGACUCCAACAUCUACAUCAAACCCUUCCUGUCUCCAGCUCCAGAGGUAAGAGUCUACGAUCUCUCCAAAUACGAGCAUGGAGCAGAUGACGUGCUGAUCUUGGCCACUGAUGGACUCUGGGAUGUUUUAUCAAAUGAGGAAGUGGCAGAAGCAAUCACUCAGUUUCUCCCUAACUGUGAUCCAGAUGACCCUCACAGGUACACGCUGGCAGCCCAGGACCUGGUGAUGCGAGCCCGCGGUGUCCUGAAGGAUAGAGGAUGGCGGAUAUCCAACGACCGGCUGGGCUCAGGAGACGACAUUUCUGUAUACGUCAUUCCUUUAAUACAUGGAAACAAACUGUCGUGA